UGUGACGAGUUGUCAUGCAAAUUUUCGUACGUGCUUGACGCAAAGUCUGUGCUGUUCCUAUUUAUGUUGUACUGCACGGUUAUGUUGAGGAAUCAGCUCGUUCAUUAUUGAACAAUGGGGUCGUAUAUUGAAAGCAGCGGGAAAAUCCGAAGAACCGAUCUUAACGCGAGCUUGAUGACGGUUUCAAGUGACGAUUCAUCGGCGACCAGUACAUCGCAGUGUGUUGUCUCUUAUCCCGAUGUCAGCUCAAGCAGGGAGGCGAAGACGAUAGCGCGGCUCAAACUGGCACUUGAACUUGUGGCUUUAGGAUUCUUGACUAUGACUGUGCUGUUUAUUUGGCAAAUCACGAAGAAACGGCCCGAUGCUGUUGUACAAAACCCAGUUGAUCCAUCAACGACUCAGAAAUAUUUGACUUUCAAAAACUCCCCGUGCCCUAUUAUGAUCGAGAGGGCUCAACCACCGUGGGUGCUUCCUAAUGAAGUAAAGAGAGCUCUCUAUCAAGCGGAUGCCAUCUCUGGCGCCUUUGAAGGCGUCCAAGGCCUCGUGGGGAUGACUGCUAACGUUGUUUAUCAAGACAGUGUGAUAUGGAGAAGAAACUACGGCCUGAAAGACAAAAACCAUCCGGGGGUCUCGCCUGAUCAGGAUACGGUAUUUCGAGUUGCCAGUAUCACUAAAAUAUUUACAGCUAUAUUUGUGUUCAAACUACUUGAAACCGGCGAAAUAGAUUGUUUAGACGACCCGUUAGAGAAAUACGAACCCAGAUUUCAGGUUAAGAAUUCUUUCAAUCAACAAAAAAUAACAAUCAGGCAAAUUUUAGCCCACACCUCAGGCCUCCCGCGGGAGGUUCCAUGCAGUGACGCCUACUCAUACGGUAAAACUCACGUGUGUCCAGUUAACAAUACGUACGUCCUAGAACAACUGAGUAGAACUGAACUAAAGAAUCCCCCUGGAAGACUACCACACUACAGCAACUUAGGCUAUGCCUUAAUUGCACGGAUUUUUGCGGAGAAAUUUGCAAACAGCGACUACGAGGGCUGGGUGGAGAGAAAUAUUUUCCAGCCACUAGGAAUGGGGAAAACUGGAUUCAACCUCAGAAGAAUGUCCUCUAACAAAGCUGUGGGCUACGAUGACGAUGGUGAGGCUCCUCUGGUUGACUGGGAUUGGGCCUCGCCGGCAAUCCAAGCAUACUCGACAGCAAAUGAUCUUUAUAAGUUAAUGACGUUUUUACUUGGCACGUCAAGUACAUCAAUACUAACACGAGAAUUGGUACAGCAAUUGAUGAAGCCAGAUUUCAUGUAUCCGGAUGGUAGCACUGUGUUUGGGACUGGCUGGGAGAUUAUUGACGCUGGUACAUAUUCAGUUGUGACAAAGUCAGGAUUUGUUCCGGGAUAUUCUGCUGGAUUUGCAUUUGUGCCAGAAUUUAAACUUGGUGCAGUUGUCCUUGUCAGCGGUCGUGAAGUCGCUUGGAGGCUAGUGCAUUCGAUUGUCCAAACUUUGGCCAAAACGAUGGAUGCAGUGUUAUUGCGUCAACAGUUGCAGAUCCAGCUCCUUCCUAAUAACGAACAGUACCUUGGGGAAUACCGGAUUGUCUCUCAUUGGAUGCCGGAAGUAAUUGUUAACAUAACGCAAAAUGACGGACUUUUGCUCUUCACCCAACUUCCGGGCUCCUUUGGUUUUUCCUACCUGAAACCCAUCACGGACCACGUGUUCGAGGUAAUUUACAGAGCUGGAUUGGAUUGCAUGACUUAUGGAUUGGGACAGAAUCGAGAAAGGGUGUCUUUCGAUCCGCCGUCCGCUGGUAAAAAGAGUCCUGGUCUUAGGUUUGGCCCGUUUAUAUUCAAACGAACGUUCCCUGUACAUAAUAAUGUCUUAAAACCAAGGACGUCUGGUUCACAUCUCGCGCCAUCAAGUCUACUCUGAUAGAUUUCCGUGAUAGUAGUUUUUCAAGUUUUUAACGUAAAUAUCAUCAGUAUACACCACACAGGUGAAUAGUUCUUUUAGCGCGCGCUGAUUGGCUAGUUCGGAAGUAAAUAGCAAGUGUUAUUCUCCUCCGAGCAUCUGAUGAGACAAAAUUGCGCGUCAAGGAUUUAAUUUGCGGCCAUUUUUCGGUAUGUUGUAAGAUACAUUAUAUCAGAUAUUUUGUAUCUGU